CGUUGCACUCCCAUUCGUCAACCUAUGUAAGUGUAUGCGUCACACCACCCAUUUCUCAAUAACUCCCCCUCAUCACCCAUUUAUUCAUUCCCCCUACUCAUUCUUUCCUUGGCCAACAAUCAUAAGCAGCUCUCUCUCUCUCUCUCUCUCACAGUUGCAACAGAAGGGAGCUUCUUGUGGUGGAAGCUAAGGAAGCAUGGACAACGGUGACACAUGUGACACAGGCCUAGCUCUCGGGUUGAACUAUAAUGCUAGUGGCCCGUGCAGUGAUGGCCAUGGCCACCGAGAGCCGAUCGUAAAAUUGGAACGAUCAUCAUCGAAUAUGGUUUCCGUCGAGCCCUCGCUCACCCUCGGCCUCUCAGACGACACACACGGAUCGAUAAAAUCGACGGAGGAAGCAAGAGUAGCCCGCCAAUCAUCUCCACAUAGCACGGUCUCAUCCUUCUCCGAUGGUCACCCUUCAAACACAAAGAAGGAGAACAGCAUCAAGAGCGAGGAAGCCCAGAAGUUCUCAUUUCGGGUAAGCGAUGAAGAAGAAGAAGGUAGUGCUAGAAAGAAGCUUAGACUUACCAAGGAUCAGUCCGCCCUCCUGGAGGACAAGUUUAAGGAGCAAAGUACCCUCAAUCCGAAACAAAAGCAAGCCUUGGCCAAGCAAUUGAAUCUACGGCCCCGGCAAGUAGAGGUGUGGUUUCAAAAUAGGAGAGCAAGGACUAAGCUGAAGCAGACCGAAAUAGACUGCGAGGUCCUGAAGAGGUACUGCGAGACGCUGAGCGAUGAGAACCGAAGGCUGCAGAAGGAGGUGCAUGAGCUGAAAGCCCUGAGGUUUGCAUCGCCGGUGUACAUGCAGUUCCCGGCGACGGCGCUCACGAUGUGCCCAUCAUGCAAGAAGAUAACGUCCACUGGUAGCGAGGGCUCCAAAGCGCCGGAGCCUCACAGCAUGUUCAUGAAUCCCUUCACUCAUUCAGCAGCGUGCUAAGGAGGGAGGGAGUCUUGACAAAGGAAGGCACCGCCCACACCCUGGUGUUUUUAAACUAGGGCUUGGGACUGAUGAUUAAGAUUUACUAUGUGUGGUGUAAUUCUCUCCUUUCUCUCUUCGAUCGCUCUCACCUAGUUUUGCUUAGAAAUUAGCAUAUGGUCAGAUGAUGUAAAAAGGGAAUGGAAAGAAGUCCAUAUUCCUCUGAUUUAGAAAAAAUAGCUUUUAAUACCUGUAAUCUCUGUUGUGAAUGUUUGCCUUUUCUUAUUGUAAAUAAAUAGCAACAUAUUUCGAUGAUUAAUACA